GAAACAAUUUCUCUAUAUUUAUGUUGCAAUGUUUAAAAAAGCUAUAGAAUUUAAUGCAUAUUAUAGGAAAAAUGCCUCGAUAAGGCUUACAUAAUUUUAUUAUUUGUUUCAGUUAUUGCAAUCUCUAGGUAUGCCUCAUGUCGAGUCCUUUAAUUAUAUGCUAGAAGAUGGCCUUUUUCAAGGUUUAAAGGACAGUACGCCAGUGUAUUUAACUCUUCCCAAUGAUGACAAGGUAGUCCUCAGGCUGGACGAUGUAUAUAUCUACAAGCCCACUGUUCCUUCUAAUACAAUCGGUGUGAAAACAUAUAAAGUAUAUCCGACAGAAUGUCGACAGAGAGGCGCCACUUACAAGGGUAAGAUAAUAGUGAGACUUGGAUGGUCUGUCAAUGGUAAGGAGCAGGAACCUCUUGAGAGGAAUUUGGGAGAAGUUCCGAUCAUGGUCAAGUCUAAUCGAUGCCACUUGAACAAAAUGAGCCCUGAAGAAUUAGUCGCUCACGGUGAACAUGAAGAAGAAUGGGGUGGAUAUUUUAUAAUCAGAGGCUUAGAGCGACUCGUACGUAUGUUAAUAAUGACAAGACGAAACUAUCCUAUUGCUAUCAAAAGGCCAACUUGGAAAGGUCGUGGGGUACAAUUUAGCGACUUAGGUAUUCUUUUGAGAAGUGUCCGGGACGACAACUCAGCCAUUAAUAAUACACUGCACUAUGUGACCGACGGCUCCGCAAAAUUUGCAUUUACGUACAAGAAAGCUACGUACUAUGUGCCACUAAUACUGAUGUUAAAAUGUUUAAUAGACGUGACCGAUUUAUAUAUUUACAAAGUGCUAAUCGCUGGAUGUGAAGAUGAUCUUUAUUACAAUAAUUGUGUCAUGAAUAUGUUACGUGCUGUACACGAAGAAGGUCUACACUGGCACGAACAGUGUAAAGCGUACAUAGGAAAGGUGUUUAAAGUAAAAUUCUCCGAAUUGCCUGCAGACGCGACUGACAUAGAUGUUUGUGAUUACAUUAUCAAACAUUGUGUCGCUAUUCAUCUUGACGAGCCCACCGAUAAGUUCCAUUUACUUGUGUUUAUGACCAAAAAACUGUUUUCGCUCGCGAAUAACAAAUGCGCCGUUGAGGGUGCGGAUUCCGUGAUGAUGCAGGAGUGUUUACUGGGUGGGCACUUGUAUCUUCAGGUUCUUAAAGAAAAACUAUGUUCGUGGCUAGUAGGACUCAAACUUCAUAUUCUCAAACGUGCCAAGAGCGCUGGUAAUAGAUAUAUCUUAAAUAUGCAGGAAAUGUUGAACGUCACUAAAUUUCGAAGCAACAUUGAUUCGCAAAUGGAGUACUUCUUAUCCACCGGAAAUAUAAGAUCACCUACUGGUUUGGGGCUCAUGCAAACUUCUGGUCUUACGAUUGUUGUGGAAAAUAUCAAUAGAAUGCGUUAUAUGAGUCAUUUUCGUGCGAUACACAGAGGCGCAUACUUUCAAAAUAUGAGGACUACUGAAGCUCGUCAACUGUUGCCUGAUGCAUGGGGAUUUAUUUGUCCAAUUCAUACACCAGACGGUGCUCCAUGCGGAUUGCUCAAUCACUUGACAAUGAAUUGUAUCGUCACGAAACAUCCAGAUCCAAAAUUGAAAGCUGCUAUACCUACAGUACUGGUAGAUCUCGGAAUGGUUCCAUUAUCUAUCGCGGAUGAUUGGAGAAAUUCGUAUAACGUAAUGUUAGAUGGGAAAUUGAUCGGCUUGAUUCAGGACAAAAUUAUUAACAGAGUAGUAUACAAGUUGAGGUUGCUUAAGAUAAUCGGUCGAGAAGUACCGUCAACAUUGGAAAUUGCGCUGGUACCAAAGAAAAAUGUUCCAGCUCAGUAUCCGGGAUUAUUCUUAUUUACUAACGCGGCUAGAAUGAUGAGACCGGUUAUAAAUUUAGCUACGCAGAAGGUAGAGCUUAUAGGAACGUUUGAGCAAAUUUACAUGGAAAUCUGUGUGACCCCUCAAGAAGCAUACGAAGGGUUGACAACUCAUCAGGAGGUAAGCCCGACAACAAUCUUCAGCAAUUUAGCUAAUCUCAUUCCGCUGCCAGAUUGUAACCAAAGUCCAAGAAACAUGUAUCAGUGUCAGAUGAGUAAGCAAACAAUGGCUACACCCUGUCACAAUUGGCAACAGCAGUCACAAACAAAACUGUACAGACUGCAAACGCCUGCCGCACCACUCUUUAGACCGGUACAUUAUGAUAAUAUUAACAUGGACAACUUUCCUAUGGGUACUAAUGCGAUAAUUGCUGUUAUCUCGUACACAGGAUACGAUAUGGAAGACGCAAUGGUCAUCAACAAGUCGGCGUUCGAACGUGGCUUCGGACAUGGAACGGUUUAUAAAUCCGAGUUUGUUGAUUUGAACGAUAAAAAGAGUUAUUUCGCUCGUGAUCCGGAAAAACCUGAACUUGUGAAAACAAUAGAUGUUGACGGUUUGCCCAUGCCAGGUAUUAUUAUUAAAGAAGGAGACGCAUACUAUUCUUAUUACGAUGCUGAUAACGGUCAGUAUGUCGUUGGACGAUAUAAAAGCACGGAAAAUGCUUAUGUCGACACUGUAAAACUGUGUGGUACAUUAAGUCAGGAUUCCCGAAGAGCGUGCAUUACAUUCCGUAUUCCUAGAAAUCCCACCGUUGGAGAUAAAUUCGCGUCAAGAGCGGGACAAAAAGGAAUCCUUUCGCGACUGUAUCCUGUUGAGGAUUUACCGUUCACGGAGACCGGGAUGGUUCCCGAUAUUAUAUUCAAUCCGCACGGUUUCCCGAGUCGUAUGACGAUAGCUAUGAUGAUCGAAGUGAUGGCUGGAAAAUCAGCGGCUGUGCAUGGAUUGGCUCACGAUGCCACGCCUUUUAGGUUUGACGAAGAAAACACGUCCAUAGACUACUUCGGAAAAUUGUUAGAACUCGGUGGUUAUAAUUAUUACGGAAAUGAAAGAAUGUAUUCGGGUAUUUAUGGAUGCGAGAUGACCGCCAGCAUCUUCUUUGGCGUUGUGCAUUAUCAGAGAUUACGACAUAUGGUCUCUGAUAAGUGGCAGGUGAGAAGUACCGGACCGAUUGACAUGCUAACGAGACAACCCAUUAAAGGUCGUCGACGCGGCGGCGGUAUUCGAUUUGGAGAGAUGGAACGAGACGCUUUGAUUUCUCAUGGUUGCUCGUAUCUCCUUCAAGAUCGUCUCUUUCAUUGCUCUGAUAAAAUAACGACUUUAGCGUGUCAAAAGUGCGGCUCAUUACUCGGACCGGAAUUAAUAGUGAAAAGUAUGUAUUAUGAAGACGAGAAAAGGUGCCGCUUGUGCGGUGAGGAAGAUACGGUAGAGGAGAUCGAGAUACCAUAUAUCUUUAGAUUUCUUUUAAUACAGUUGGCGUCCUGUAAUAUAAACGUUAAAAUAAAAUUUAGCCGAGUUUAACUAAUCGUGAGAAUGUGCCUAUAAUGUAUGUACGUGUAUAUAUUUAGUUUUUUUUCAA